AUGUCUCUGGAAUCAUCACCAUCAAUGCCACUGCCCUUCCCUUCUCCCUUACCAUCAGUGCCAGAUGAUAUUAUUAACUCUUCCCCUCCUCCAAUGUCUUACGUCACAUCUCAGGAGAUGAAGUGUGUUCUGCAUUGGUUUGCAAGUUGGUCUGGUCUCCAGCGUGAACGUUUUCUACAGGACCUGGUAGCUAAGGCAGUGCCAGGGAAAUUACAGCCACUCCUGGAUGGUCUGGAGCAGCUUAGUGUCUCUGGGGCAAACCGACCACCUUGUAUCUUUGAAUGCCAGCUCCGUCUUUGGGAUCAGUGGUUUCGAGAUUGGGCUGAGGAGGAACGCAAUGAAUUUGUCAGGCAACUGGAAAUAACUGAGCCAGAUUUUGUAGCAAAGUUUUACAGAGCUGUGGCUGCUACAGCUGGUAAGGACUGA